AUGGCUCCGUCCUCCUCCAAAAUGUCCAGCCUCGAGCGCGAGGAUCACCGCCGCGAUGCCGCCUUCAACAAGGCCAUGCACGGCAAGUCGGCCCAGGCUCGCGGUGGCAUCGCCGCCAUGUUCUCCAAGGGCUCUGAUGCCAAGAGGGCUGCCGUCGACGAGUACUUCAAGCACUGGGACAACAAAAAGGCCGCCGACGAGACGCCUGAGCAGCGCGCUGAGCGGACAGCCGAAUACGCGACUCUGACGAGACACUACUACAAUCUUGCGACCGACCUUUACGAGUACGGCUGGGGCCAAUCCUUCCACUUCUGCCGCUUCUCCACCGGCGAGCCCUUUUACCAGGCCAUUGCCCGCCACGAGCACUACCUCGCCCAUAGCAUGGGCAUCCAGGAGGGAAUGAAGGUCCUCGACGUCGGCUGCGGCGUCGGUGGCCCUGCCCGUGAAAUUGCCAAGUUCACGGGCGCCCACAUCACCGGGCUCAACAACAACGACUAUCAGAUCGAGCGUGCUACCCACUAUGCCGCCAAGGAGGGACUGUCUGACCAACUCAAGUUUGUCAAGGGCGACUUCAUGCAAAUGUCGUUUGAGAACAACUCCUUUGACGCCAUCUACGCCAUCGAGGCCACCGUCCACGCCCCCACCCUGGAGGGCAUCUACAGUGAAAUCUUCCGCGUCCUGAAACCGGGCGGUGUCUUUGGCGUCUACGAAUGGCUCAUGACCGAGGACUACGACAACGACAACCUGCACCACCGCGAGAUCCGCCUCGGCAUCGAGCAGGGCGACGGCAUCUCCAACAUGUGCAAGAUCUCGGAGGCCCUCGACGCCAUGAAGACGGCCGGCUUCGAGUUGCUGCGCAACGAGGACCUUGCCGACCGUCCCGACCCUCUGCCGUGGUACUGGCCCUUGUCUGGCGACAUGCGGUACAUCCAAUCCGUCGGUGACAUCUUCACCAUUGUGCGCAUGACGCGAUGGGGCCGCACCAUUGCCCACAACCUGGCUGGUUUCCUGGAGACGCUGCGAGUGGCCCCGGCAGGCACCAAGAAGACGGCUGACAGCCUGGCGCUCGCCGCCGACUGCCUCGUUGCUGGCGGACGUGAGCAUCUCUUCACCCCCAUGUACCUCAUGGUUGGUCGCAAGCCCGCCAAAUAA